AUGCAACAACCAAACCCCCGCGACACCCACCCUGACCCCGGUCGUGCCCUGCGUCGCCGCAAUUCCCGUGGCACCGUGAUGACAACCGGGGAGCUGGCAGCGCUGCCGACCCGAAUCGAGGAACGUCCUUCUACGCCAGAGCGGACUUACGCCCGCGUGGUCUCACCGGCCCUCAUCAUCUCCCCCAAGCCCGUCAAUGCGUCGUUGACCGUCGGCGGAGACAUAGCCAGUACCCCGUCCCAGGGGGAACGCCCAGCCCGUGAAAUCACGGAGAAACCACCCCUGUCUGUUCAGACAGGAGAAAUGUUUGGCAGUUUUCCCCCUUCAGUGGAGGAAAUGGAGGACGAAGACGGUCCUUGGACAUUGGCGACAGGAAAGACGGCGCGCACCCAUCGAGAGUCCGCCGAUAGUCGUAAAUCGAGCACUGUUGGUAGACUUAGUCCUGAAUUAGGCCACGUGCGCAAUGACUCAGAGGACAUUACCUCUAUUGUGGAUGAGGCUGCAGCGUCCAUGUCCCCAUCGACGCUCCGGCUCAUUGCAGAUCGCUAUGCUAAGCUGGCUAGCGCAGUGGAGCAGAGAACUCCGGGCCCGGAGUCAGAGCUCCACGCAGACACCACCCCUGAAUCUAUGAAAGAGUCAGCGUUGGAUGGUGAUGGAUCGGUAACCCAGGACGUCCGUCCCUACCGGCUAGGGGAAGCCGAGUAUUCAGACGGGUCUCAAAUCCCCGAGCCCCUGGCUCCAAGCUCUUCCCGACGGAAGGGCAAAGGCCCCGAUCCUGGAAAUUGGGGUGAGCUCGACAUCCAUGACAGUGAGAUGGAAUACCAGCAAGAUGCACUGGCAGCGUUCGAGUUAGCCCGUAUAAAUCAAUCAGAGCGUGAGCGCCUAGAUGUUGGCCCCGCCUCCAGAAGUGAGCAAGGACACGGUUACCGUGGAGAGAGCCCAAUCCACCGGGGACCGGUCGAGGCUCGACCGUGGGUUAAAGCCGAGGGCGUUUCGGCGGAAAAUAACCCUAACGACGUGUUCCUGCGCGAGUUCAACCGGAUGCGGGAGCGAUUGGCGGAGCUCGAAGAUCGAGAGCGUCAACGGGGGAUGGCCCAGAUAUCUGAGAAUCAGAAUCCACGAACCAACGCAGUGAAUCGACGCACCACCAUAGCCCGAUCAGGAGCUGGAAGGUCGGGGAUACCGGCGUCGGACGCUGAGAAGAAACGACCGGCUUCUUCGAAGGACGCUGCUGGGUUUGUAACUAGCGUGCUACGGGGGGUCAGCCUCCAGCCGUCGGACAACAGUGGAUCCAGCCCUGAGUCUUCGUCUGGUGAUUCCGAGUCGGAUAGCGACAGUGACAGCAGUCGGUCGUCCAGCGGCUCAGAGCCAGGGAGCGAGAGCUCAGGAUCAACCUCUGAGUCCGACGAUUCGAGCGCCAGCUCGGCGCGUCCUCGUAGGAAGAAGUCGUCUAAAAAGAAAAAGAUGACCAGGGGACCAAGGGGGAAGAUGUUGGUAAAGCCCAAUCCCCCAGCCCGUUAUGACGGGUCAGAGAACGCCGACCUGUACACGCAGUUCGUCGAUGAAGCGAAUAGAUAUUGCGAGCUGGGGAACGUACCUAGAGCGCAUCGCGUGCCCAUAAUCGGGUCCUUCCUGGACGGAGACGCCAAGGACUUUUAUAACCGCCGGAUACGGGGCCACGAGCACAAAUGGACCCUUAAGAAAAUGCUCCGGAGGUUGUUGAAGUAUUGCUUCUCCCUGGACUACCGACAGAAGCAGCGCAAGCGGCUGCAUCGUUGCCACCAGAACGGCAAGUCCGUAAAUAAGCACGUCCUGGAAUUGGAGAGUAUACUUCUCCAAAUCGGGCUGAAGAAAGACCGGGAGCGCAUUGCGUUACUCUGGAAUAGCUUCGACGCCGACAUCCAGGAAGAGCUCUUCCGGUUUGGACUUGAUCCUGAAAGGUCGAAGUGGAAGCGUGUGGUGAGGAAAGCGAUCCGAGCCGAGAGGUUUCUCAGCCUUGACAAGCGACGUAAGGGAAAGGCCCCAGCAACCGUCACGGCAAGCACCGGCCCAGCCCAGCCAGGGCCCAGUCGAGACGAAAGGAAAAAACGGUUCUUCCCACGGAGGCGAGGGGACGUAAUUAAGGCCGCUGCGGCCGCAGUGGUGCCACCUCGGGACAAUGGGCCGAGGCCCCCAUUUCGCUCUCCCCACACGAACGCCCCGGCAAGCUCCUCGAACAAGAGUCAAGAGAACUCGGUGGAUCGUCCUUGGGAACGUCGACUUUCGCCCCAGAAACGAGCAGAGCUGAUGUCCCGGGGAGUCUGCUUGAAUUGCGAGGAGAGUGGACACAUGGCCCGUAGCUGCCCGAAACUGACCACGAUGAGGUCCAGAAUCAAGGGUAAACCGCCGGGCUUUGGAGCGCAUGGCGUGAGCCUGCGGCUGGCCUCUCUAGGCGAAACCACGGAAGUUCUCGAGACCUUGAACGUGGCCAGCGUCUUCCCGCAUGUCUUCCGGGAUGACGGGGAAACACGGGAACAAUUCUCAGACGCGUCCGAGUCUGAUUCACACGGCUGGGAAGACGUCGACGAGAUCGAGGGGCUGGCUAGAGGGGUUUCGAGCGAAAGAUGGGACUGCCCAGAGGUGGAGGCGCUGACAAGAGGCGUCGAGGCGUUGUCCCUGGGACCAACCACGGCGGAGACGAAACCGAAGCUGGAAAUCCUCGACCACGCGAUUGAAGCGCUGGAGCACGAAUCGGAGGACCUGGAACUUACGGAGGACCUCGUGGGCGACUUAGUGGCGCGCUUCGCUGGCCUCGCGCUCCAAAGGUGCGCCCCGUUUCCUGGCGACGAUGGCUCUGAACCCACAGAGGGCCGUUUUCUGGUCUACCGGGUGCACGGGAGUGACCGACACUGCAUCCUGGACGCUGGUACCCCCUUAAGCAUCCUAGAGGGCGACGAUCUCGUUCCAUCCAUUUGGUUGGAGGACCCAAACUUCGAGAUAGGGUGGUACUGGGCCCAGAAGUGUUAUUUGGCACAGGGUAUCCACCCGGACGCGCCGGGCUUGUCGCUGCCGGAGCGUUAUUUCCGUACGUUGGGUGACUCGCUCCUCGCCAUGACUCUGAUCUUGCUACAUCAGUAUGAUUCGAUGAAUAACGAUGGAACCGCUUCGACGUUGGUGGCCGAGGAAGGGUCAGACACCACUCUGGCCGUUCGCCGGGCGAGUGAUAUUAAUCAUGUAUUACUUGAGCGAGACACCUUGAAAAACCACUCAUUCAAUCUGCGUGAAUGGCAUGAUCUAUAUUUUGGACGUAAGAGCCAGCCCUGUCUAAACUCAGCGCCAUCCAAUGACCUGAGCCUCAAUGGAGACGAGCUCCCGGCGCUAGUCGGUGACGGUGACUCAUCGGAUGACGAGAACAGCGACUCGGAUGAUCUGAUAAGAAGUGUGUGGGUGGACGCAGUGCUUGGGGCAGAUCUCGCCCUGGGCCCAAAUCCAUCCGACGGCACGAUUCGACCUCAUUCAGUUCCUCGAGGGGAAUGGGCAAGAGAGACACCCAGAGAUCGAAUUGAGCGCUGGGGCCGAGAGAGGAAUCGGGCAACACACCAGUCUAGUCCGAGAUCUCCUCGUGGCCGUCAGAUAGGCGACUUGCAGGCAGAAGGCGUCCGGAGCUUGCUGGAGUUUAGCCAGCCGUAUCCAGGUGACGAGAGAAUUGACCGGGACUCGACCGUUUGGAAUUAUAAGCGUUUCCGUGUGUACCCUUCAUGGUGUGAGGAUGAAUACACUGUGACAGACAAGGUCAACGGACUGACUGUGCAUAUGUCUAGACACUUACUUUCAGACGUUCGCUUCGAGGUGGCAGCAUGGUAUGCCGGCCAAGUGCGUGAGCGCUUGCGCAUAGGUGCGGAGGAGGAGGCCUCAAUUAGACCUAUCCACCAUGUGGCUAUUGACGACCUGCUUGGAACGCAGCUCGGUUUCUACAUGGAUGAGAUGGCGGUUACGCAUCCAGCCGAGUGCAGUAAAUACCGGAAUAUUGAGCCGUGCUAUUGGAGCGACGAGACGGAGGGCAAAACACUCCCCUUCAUGUACUCAAUCGAGGUGGAGACGCCUAACGGUCAAACUGGGCAGAUUGGCAUAUUCCGAGAGCAACUGCUUAACCCUAAACUGGACCUGAUCAAUUGGCUGGUCAGGGCGCAGGAGAGGCGCUCACUGCGCAAAACGCAGAAUCAGCCUUAA